ACUUAAUUGGCCUCGAUAGGUUAGUUGCAUUGGUCCACUUGGUUGUAACUUGUAAGCAACUCCUAGCUAGCUAGUAGCUGCUCAGAGUGAGACACAGCAAGUCAAGGCGUCUAGAGUGUCUAGUAGUGGCAUGCAUGCAUCUCUCUGACUCUCUGGCCCUCCUCCCAUAAGAACGCCAGCCCGGAGCCCCAGAGCGAGCCCCGGUCGACCAUCUCCGCAACCAGCAGGUAGCCAGCCGGGCCAGGCAGUGCUCGAGGAACAAGCAAGAAGCUAGAACCAUCAUGGCGAGGCGCACAGGCAUGGCGGAGCAGCUACUGUGCCUGGCGGUGGCGCUUGCUGCGUUGUCGUCGUGCAGCGUGGCCUCGGCGGCGGCGGGGCCUCCGCCUCCCGAGCCGGCGUCGAGAUCAGGUGGGCGGCUGCCCCCUGGUAACAAGUCCAAGUUCGUGACCCUGACUAUGAGCAAGAACUUUGGGCACAAGCGCAACUACGAGGUGACCUGCGUGGACAAGGACAACCCGGCCGGCUGCUACGUCGGCUGCCCAAAGCGAUGCCCCAACCAGUGCAUCGUCUUCUGCUCCUACUGCCUAAGCUUCUGCGAGUGCGAUAUUUUCCCGGGCACCUCCUGCGGCGACCCUCGCUUCACCGGCGGCGACGGCAACACCUUCUACUUCCACGGCAAGAAAGACGAGAACUUCUGCAUCGUCUCCGACGCCGACCUCCACAUCAACGCCCACUUCAUCGGCAACCACAACCCGGACCUGAAACGCGACUUCACGUGGGUGCAGGCCCUGGGCGUCACCUUCGGCGCCGGCCACCGCCUCUACAUCGGCGCCCGCAAGGCCGUCGAGUGGGAUGAGGAUGAAGACCAUAUCCAGAUCAUCUUCAACGGGGAGCCCGUGGACAUCGACGACGCCAUCAAGAACGCCCGCUGGGUGUCCGAGGCCCUGCCCGGCCUCUCCGUGAGGCGCAUGAAGUACGUGAACACCGUCACGGUGGAGCUCGACGGCAUGUUCAGCAUCUCGGCCAACGCCGUGCCCAUCACGGAGGAGGACGACCGGAUUCACAAGUACGGCAAGACGGGGAGGGACAGCCUGGUGCACCUGGACCUGGGCUUCCAGUUCCAGGACCUCAGCAAGGACGUGGACGGCGUGCUGGGGCAGACCUACCGCCCUGGCUACGUGACCAAGCUGGACAUCAAGGCGAAGAUGCCCAUCAUGGGCGGCGCACACAAGUACCUGUCGUCGGGUCUCUUCACGACGGACUGCGCCGUCUCCAGGUUCCGACGCGGCGCCGGCGUCAUCACCACAUUCGCCUCUUAAUUGGAUCGCGUCUAGCUUGUUGUUGUUGGCAUGCAUGCUGCUGAUCCGAUAUGAUAGAUCCGUGCCGUGUGCAUGCAUGAAAUAAUUAAAUAAUUAAUCAA